AUGCUGCUGUUUGCAGCACUGACUGGCGUCUGUGCCCACGAAUACUACGAGGAGAGGAAAGUGAACAAGAAAUCAAGGGUCAAACCACUCACGCAGCCGGUGGCAGCAAAUAUUUACGACGGCCAAGCCAGGCUGGGUGAGACCUGUAACCUGGAGCUCUACUUCCUGCUGGACAGCUCUGAGAGUGCCAAGGACUACCAUGAGCAGGAGAAGAAGUUUGCUAUAAACGUGGCGGAUGGGCUGCAAAGUGUGCGGCUGCAGGCUGGCCGUCGCCUGACCUGGAAGAUAGCUGCGCUCCAGUUCAGUAGUAAUGUUACACAAGUGCAGACGUUCAGUCAGUGGGACGGCCCAGAUAAAUUCAAGGCCCAUAUGGCUACUAUCGACAACAUCGGCCACGGUACCUACAUCACCUACGCGAUCACCAACAUGACCAAGAUCUACCGGGAGGAAUCCAAGUCCAGGAGCAUCAAAGUAGCGAUACUGGUCACAGAUGGUGUAUCCCACCCCAGCAACCCAGAUCUCUCCUCGGCUGUUGCUGAUGCGAAUAAACAGAGUGUCAGAUUCAUCACUGUGGGCAUCACGCGGGCAGCCAACGAGUCGGCCAACAUGGCCGAGCUCCGUCAGUGGGCCAGCCCCGCUUCCCGCUACUACCAUAAUUUGCAGGACGUGGACAUUCAGGGGAAAGUCGUGAAUGAAAUUGUGAGUAUGUCUGAUCUGUCUUGCCACGUGGCCCAGAUAUGUGCCUGCGAGAAGGGCGAGAAGGGACAGAGUGGCCUGAUGGGGAAGAAGGGUCGACCCGGAGAUGUUGGAGCCCCUGGACUUAAAGGCCAGAAGGGUGAAGCGGGGCUGAGCGGGCUACCAGGGCAAAGGGGCGUGGAGGGGAAACCAGGUUACAAUGGACUGAAGGGCGAGAGGGGAGAGUGUGGCAUCCCAGGAGUAAAAGGAGACAGGGGUCCUGAGGGUCCUGUCGGCACAAGGGGACCUAGAGGUUUUCAGGGGUUACCCGGACGGGAGGGAGACGUUGGACCAGAGGGCCCUCAGGGAAAGCAGGGGGAACGCGGCCCACCAGGCCCGCCAGGAAUUCAGGGGGAAACUGGUAUUGGACUCCCUGGAUCGAAGGGUGACAUGGGAUUCCAGGGCCCACCGGGGCCUUCUGGUCUACCUGGGAUUGGUGAACCUGGCCUUCCUGGGCCUCAAGGGCUACAAGGUGUUCAGGGGGAGAAAGGACCUCAAGGCGAGGGCUUUCCAGGACCAAAGGGGGACCAGGGGCUCCUCGGGCCAAUGGGGCCAAAGGGACAGACGGGUGCAGGAAUCAAAGGAGAAAAGGGUGAACUUGGGCCCAUGGGUCUUCCAGGACCAACUGGACCAACAGGAGUGGGCAUACAGGGAGAGAAGGGCGUUGAAGGCUCAAGGGGUCUACCAGGAGUGAGAGGACUUCCAGGCACAGGCUCACCUGGACCUAAGGGAGACCAAGGUUUGCCAGGUGAACAAGGAGUUUCAGGAGAAAGAGGCAUCGGUGAACCUGGUCAAAAGGGGGAGCCUGGGGCAUCUGGUUUAGCUGGGUUGCCAGGUCUUUCGGGAGAAGAUGGAGCUCCUGGACAGAAGGGUGAAUCAGGUUUACCUGGCCCAAGAGGUCCUGAGGGACCAGCAGGAAUUGGCACUCCAGGAGAAAAGGGCGACCAGGGUCAGACAGGUAUUCGUGGGUUACAUGGACCUUCUGGCAUCCCUGGACCAUCAGGACCAAAGGGGGAACCUGGCUCACAGGGUCGGCUGGGCAUGCCAGGGCUGCCGGGACGGGCCAUAGCAGGUCCCAAGGGUGAUUCAGGACCCCCUGGCCCUUCAGGGCCUAUCGGGGAACCAGGCCUCGGGCAUCCUGGCCCAAAGGGCGAUCGUGGUCAUCCUGGUCUACCAGGUCCAGUUGGUCCAACUGGUGAAGGUUUCCCAGGACCUGUGGGUCCUCCAGGUAUUCCCGGUUUACCAGGCGAGCCAGGCAUUGACGGGAGAGAGAUUCCCGGUCCAAAGGGUGACAUUGGUUUCAGAGGAUUGCCAGGUUUGCCUGGCCCAACUGGAGAGGGAUUACAAGGACCACCGGGUAACAUUGGAAGGCCAGGACCGCCCGGUAUAGCUGGACCUCCUGGUGAAGGUAUUCCAGGCCCAAAGGGUGAGCCAGGGUCUCAGGGUGUGAUUGGGCCCAGAGGACUACAAGGAGAAGGAUAUCCUGGCCCUAAAGGUGACCGUGGCUUGCAGGGCGAGAGGGGUUUGAAGGGAAUUAAAGGAGAAGCAGGAGAUCCUGGAGUUCCUGGAGAACCAGGGAGGCCAGGAGCAAAAGGGGAACCAGGUCUCACAAGAGAGGAUAUCAUUAAGCUGAUCAAAGAAAUCUGUGGGUGUGGUACCAAAUGUAAAGAAAGGCCAAUGGAGCUUGUGUUCAUCAUUGACAGCUCAGAGAGCGUCGGCCCUGAGAACUUCGAGAAAAUCAAGAACUUUGUCAGUGGGCUGGUUGACCGGACCACAGUUGGACAUAAUGCCACCAGAAUUGGGCUGGUGCUCUACAGCUUGAAUGCCCACCUGGAGCUCAACUUGACCUCGGGCAUGAGCAACCAGGACAUCAAGCAAGCGAUCAGGAAAAUGCGCUAUGUGGGCGAGGGCACCUACACUGGCACCGCCAUCAGAAAGGCCACCAAGGAUGCAUUCUCCCGCAAUGCCAUCAGAAAAGUGGCCAUCGUCAUCACAGAUGGACAGACAAACACGAAAGACCCUGUAAGACUUGACAUGGCGGUGGAGGAGGCUCAUGCUGCCAACAUUGAGAUGUACGCCGUAGGGAUCAUCACUGUCUCUGAUCCGAAACGGGAUAACUUCACUAAAGAGCUCAAUCUGAUUGCCUCUGCUCCUGACAAAGAACACGUGUACCUUAUUAAUGACGUCGAUACUCUACCAGCACUGGAGUCCAAACUUGUAAGCCAGAUCUGCAAAGAUGAAAAUGGUGCCCUUAUCUACAAUCACAUUACAAAUGGCUAUGGGAACGGCAACGAUGGACAUGAUAACAAUGGAUAUAGAGAGGACAGGAAUGGAUACGGACUCGGGAAUAAUGGCUAUGGCAAUAAUGGCUUUGGUAAUAAUGGCUUUGGCAAUAAUGACCAUAUAAAAAAUGAACAUGAUAGCGAUGGUAAUGUGACCCUUCAAGGGCAGAUCCAAAAUCAGAGACACACCAACAGCCAGGGCCACAACCAAGGGCAUGGAGACAACUUUGAACUGCCCAUCAAUGCUGGUCCCCUCCCAGUCCAGGUGGAAGAAGAUGAUGAAGGUGAAGAUUUAGACUUGAGGGGACAUGUGCGAGGAAGCAACACUCUGGCUGUAAUUAAUAAGACAGUUGUAUUGCCUGUUAGAGAUGCCGCCCAAUCCAAUGAGGCAGUGCUGACAUCUUCAUCAUCUUCAUUCUCAUCUGCAGUUGUUUCAUCAGCAUCAGUUUCAGGUUCACCUUUGACCUCCCAAGAGUUGCAGCCUGCGGUGGCUCCUGUUGUCACUGAAGAGUCUGCUCUUCUUGACCCCCGCUGUAAUCUCAUCCUGGAACAAGGUUCCUGCAGAGAUUAUUCCAUCUACUGGUACUACGACAAACAGGCCAAUGCCUGUGCACAGUUCUGGUAUGGAGGCUGUGGUGGAAAUGACAACCGUUAUAAGACAGAGGAUGAAUGCAAGAAGACAUGUGUUCGACAUGGAACAGGGUCUGACUUUGCUGUAAAAUAUGUGACUACUUCAGAAAAGCUGUUGGCAUUUCAGCUUUACAUACAGAGUAUUCUUCUGCCUUUCUGA